UCCAUGCUCUUCUCUUUCGUGUAGGAAGAUUCUUUUGUGAGUCAAUCUGAUUUUUAUGUUAUUUAACCGGAUCUUCUUAGAUUGAGAAUUUGAGAUUAUCAAAUCUAUAUUUGUUUUUUCCCAAAUUUCACACACACAGAUUGUUUCUUCAUAAAUUUUUUUAUCUAAUACUUGAUGACUAGUGUAGUUCUUUAUUGAGUAUAAUGACUGAUGAAAACGUUUGUGUGACGUUGAGUUUGAAUAGGUUGCCGUUACGUUUUCUUUUAUGACUAAAUUAUCUUUUUUGGUUCCUUUUCUCUAUCAAGUUGCUGUGGUCCUGGAACUACUAUUUUCUUUUUAUUACUUUAUAAUUUCACGUUUUUUCUAAGUGAAACAGUCCCUCACAGAAUGUUUUUUUGGGUAUUUACGAGUUCGCAGUUGGUUUUCCGAGGAGUACGCUUUCUAAUCUUUUCUCUAAUUUAGCCUACUUUUUUCCUUGCCAAAUCCCUUCGUUCGGCUCGACGAAGCAAUAAAAGUCUCCAUCUUGCUGCUUGUGGAGGAAUCUCCAAUUUUUUUUGUGUGGAAGAAGAAGAAGAACAAGAAAGAGAGGAAGAUGGCUAGGGAGCAGCUCCAGGUGCUGAACGCACUAGAUGCUGCCAAGACCCAAUGGUACCACUUCACGGCGAUCGUCAUCGCCGGCAUGGGCUUCUUCACCGACGCCUACGACCUCUUCUGCAUCUCCCUAGUCACCAAGCUUCUUGGGCGGAUCUACUACCACGUCGACGGCUCCGACACCCCCGGCUCGCUCCCGCCGAACGUGGCGGCCGCCGUCAACGGCGUGGCCUUUUGCGGCACGCUCUCCGGCCAGCUCUUCUUCGGCUGGCUCGGCGACAAGAUGGGCCGCAAAAGGGUCUACGGCCUCACCCUGAUGCUCAUGGUGGUCUGCUCCAUCGCCUCCGGCCUCUCCUUCGGCCACAACGCCAAGGGCGUCAUGGCCACCCUCUGCUUCUUCCGCUUCUGGCUCGGCUUCGGCAUCGGCGGCGACUACCCGCUUUCGGCCACCAUCAUGUCCGAGUACGCCAACAAGCGAACGCGUGGCGCCUUCAUCGCCGCCGUCUUCGCCAUGCAGGGCUUCGGCAUUCUCGCCGGUGGCAUCGUUGCCCUCAUCAUAUCCGCUGCCUUCAAGGACCGCUUCAAAGCGCCGCCCUACUCCGUCGACCCGGUCGGCUCUACCGUCCCCCAGGCUGACUACGUCUGGCGGAUAAUUGUCAUGAUCGGCGCCCUCCCGGCGGUCCUCACCUACUACUGGCGGAUGAAGAUGCCGGAGACCGCCCGCUACACCGCCCUCGUCGCCAAGAACGCCAAGCAGGCCGCCACCGACAUGUCCAAGGUGCUCCAGGUCGAGAUCACCGAGGAGGCGGAGAAGGUGGAGCAGCUCAACAACAACUCGUCCAACAACUUCGGCCUCUUCUCCAAGGAAUUCGCACGCCGCCACGGCCUCCAUCUCCUCGGCACCACCACCACCUGGUUCCUCCUCGACAUCGCCUUCUACAGCCAGAACCUCUUCCAGAAGGACAUCUUCACCGCCAUCAACUGGAUCCCCAAGGCCGCCACCAUGAACGCCAUCGAAGAGGUCUUCAGGAUCGCCCGCGCCCAGACCUUGAUCGCCCUCUGCGGCACCGUCCCCGGCUACUGGUUCACCGUCGCGCUCGUCGACGUCAUCGGCCGGUUCAAGAUCCAGCUCAUGGGCUUCUUCAUGAUGACGGUCUUCAUGCUCGGCCUCGCCAUCCCCUACCACCACUGGACUACCAAAGGCAACCACAUCGGCUUCGUCGUCAUGUACGGGUUCACCUUCUUCUUCGCCAAUUUCGGGCCCAACAGCACCACCUUCAUCGUGCCGGCUGAGAUAUUCCCGGCGAGGCUGCGGUCGACGUGCCACGGGAUCUCCGCGGCCGCCGGGAAAGCAGGGGCCAUCAUCGGCGCGUUCGGUUUCUUGUAUGCGGCGCAGAACCAGAACAAGGCCCUGGCCGAUCACGGCUACCCGGCCGGCAUUGGCGUGAGGAACUCGCUCUUUGUGCUUGCAGGUUGCAACCUGUUGGGCCUCAUCUUUACCUUCUUGGUGCCGGAGUCCAAUGGGAAAUCAUUGGAAGAGAUGUCCGGGGAGAACGAGGAGGAGGAUCCGACAACCGAAACAACUUACAAAAGGACGGUCCCAGUUUAGUUUCAAUUUCACCAUGAAUUAGCUGCAAGCAUCUCCAUGCGUGCCUAAGAAUCUUUGGAUGGCUAUUAUGGGAAUCUAUUAGUCCUGUGCUUCUCAAAACUUUUGAGGCCGUGUGUGAUACAUGGCACCUCUCGACUGUUCAUCCUGGGUUCUCACCAUAUGCAAGUUUUUUUUUUUUUUAUGUUUUUUUUAUGUAAGUUUUAUCAAUAACAACUCUAUAUCAGCUGCUAGAUUUCUUGGGGACGACA